AUGCUGGGAGAACCUUUUAUUAACGGUGAAGCAGUACCAUAUGAUCCCAAGUACCAUGAGGAAUGGAUAAGAAACAAUAGCCGAGCAAACGAAAGGAACAGACGCAAUGACAGACCUCGAAAUUUUGACAGAUCAAGGAACUUUGAUAGGAGGAGCGAAAAUAUGCAGAACCGAGAUUUUCAGAACUGGGGUCAGCCUCCUAUGCCUAAUCAAGCUGGGCAAAAUCCUGGGCCUAACAUGCCUGGACCUGCCAACAACAUGAGGACUCCCAACAAUAUGGGCCCCCCACCCCCGAACGCGGGUCUAAUGGCUCCCCACAACAACGUGGGUCUACCGUAG